AUGUUUUGGCGCUUCGGCGGGUACGCGCAGCUGUCGUCGCUCGACAGCAUCCUCGACAAGCCUGACGUCACGGUGGAGGAGCUGCUCGACGAGUCAGACCUCAUCCAGGAGCUGAAGCAGCAAAACUCCAAGCUCAUCGAGUACCUGCGCGACGAAAAUGUCCUCGAACGCCUGCUGCGCUAUGUCAUAGCCACCAAGGCUGCAGCGCCCCACGACGACGAGGCAGCAGCCGAAGCCGCCCACGAAGCCCGCAGCCCCAGCCGCCAGAGCUUCUUUGGCAAGGUCAGGGCCCGCUCCCUGUCCACCAGCAAGUCCGAUGCGGGCGACAAUGAGGAGAACAAGGAGGAGCGACAGCGCAUGAAGUAUGCUUACGUCUCGUGCGAGAUUCUCUCCUCUGAGGUCUGGUCGAUAUCCGAGGCCGUCCUCGAGAACCAGGACACGCUGCGCCAGUUUUGGGCCUACAUCAAGCAGCCAGCGCCCCUCGAUCCCGUCCAGGCCGGCUACUUCACCAAGGUCAAUGAGUCGCUGCUCGACCGUAAGAUGGAGGAGAUGCUCGACUUCUUCAAGUCGCUCGACAAUGUGGUGACUGACAUGCUGCAACACGUCGACUGCCCUGUGAUCAUGGACCUACUCCUGAAAAUUAUUAGUCUGGAGAAGAGCGAAGGAGGUCAAGGUAUUGUGGAUUGGCUACAACAGCAAAACCUCAUCCCCCGAUUGAUCUCCUUUCUCGGGCCCGACCAUUCCACUUCGACGCAGACAUCUGCCGGCGAUUUCCUCAAGGCCAUCAUCACCAUAUCUGCGAAUGCCACCACACAAGACCAGUCUGUGAUCGGCCCGAACGAAUUGACGCGCCAGCUCGUCUCCGAGACCUGCCUGAAGCAAUUGAUUGACUUCAUGCUGCGUGGUGGGAACCCGUUGACUGUAGGCGUUGGUAUCAUUAUCGAAGUCAUCCGGAAAAACAAUUCAGACUACGACCUGGAGAAUCAAAUCGGACCCGUCCCAAAGAAUUCUGAUCCCAUUUACCUAGGCACAUUACUACGAGAGUUUGCAAACCACAUACCUCAGUUCAUGGAACUGGUCAACAGCUCAAGCCAAAUCAUCACGCAAACCGAUGGCAGCACGACGACGAAGAAACGCGAGCUCAAGACGGCCUUUGGCGAAAAGAUUGAGCCGCUUGGAUUUGACCGAUUCAAGACUUGUGAACUCAUGGCCGAAUUGCUACACUGCAGCAACAUGGCCCUACUCAACGAACGUGGGAGUGAGGCCGAGGUGAGGAGGCGGGAUGCCGAGCGCGAACGUCUCAAGGCAGAGGGCAAGCUCACCUCUGCUGGUGGCAACCUUGGGGAAUUCUCCAACAGCGUCGAUAGCCAGGGCUUCCACCAUGCACGUGCACCAUCCAUGGACUCGCCUGCGGAGAUCAAGCCAUUGCACGUACAGAAUAGUGCGGAUGACGACUUUGAAAAGGUCAUUGCUCCCGAAGUCGCCAUCCAGUCGCCCAACGAUACGUCGCCGGAGAAGGAGCAAAUCGGCGAGCCACUAGAACGUUCACCCAAAGUCAUGCCCAAGGAAUCCCCUGCCGAGAAGCCGGCAUCAAGCGAAGGCGAAUUCGUCGUUGAGCCCCUGACCCCACCCAAGGAUACAUCGGCAACGACAGAGUCGACCAGCAGCACUCCCAAGCCGGCAGAUGAUGCCGAGUCACCUACGUCGGCUGGACUGUCUGCCAAGGUCGGCGGUCUUGAUCUGGACAACGAUACAGUGAUGAACGAUCGUCAAGACGCAACGGAGCCUACAAAAAUAGAGGCUGCAACCAAAGACCUUCCUUCUCUCUUGACGCAACAACUUAGCCAAUCUUCCAAGACCGACGAUCUUCCUGAACCACUAUCACCACAUGAGGAUGAUAAGCCUGCGCCACUCUUCGCGAAUAAGAGCCGCGAAAGCAAUACCGAGGCUCCUCCGGCGGUUGACACGUCGCGAUUUACCGCACCUGCAUCAGAAGUGGAUUUAGAAGCGACACCAAUUGACGAAUCUCAAAGUGCACAGUCGGUCAUAUUUGAUAACAUCGAUGACGGCGGAGUGGCCUUUGAGCUCGACAUUGACGGCUCGCCGGUUGUGGGCGACCUUUUGAAGAUAACAUUCGUCCAGAACAAAGUCGUGCCAACCAUUCUUGACUUCUUUUUCCGCUUCCCUUGGAACAAUUUCCUCCACAAUGUAGUCUAUGAUGUCGUCCAGCAGGUCUUCAACGGACAGAUGGAUCGCGGAUACAACCGUUCCUUGGCCAUUGACCUUUUCGACACGGGACGAAUUACUGAACGCAUCAUUCAAGGGCAAGCAGACAGUGACAAGGCCCAAGCAGCCAAGGGAACACGGUUAGGCUACAUGGGCCAUCUCACGCUAAUUGCCGAGGAAGUAUUGAAAUUCACCGAAAGACAAUCAGAUGAAGUGCUCUCACCGUUGGUCCUAGACAAGGUCCACGCCGAAGAAUGGGUGCAUUAUGUCGAGAACGUCUUGGCAGAAACUAGGGAACGCGACAACGCCAUUCUCGGAGGCGUCCGACCCGACAUGAGUGUUGGCCCCCGUCAAACGGUGCUCAAUGCCGUCAACGCAGCCAACAACUUUGGCGGCGACGGCGGACUAUCGAAUGCGAGCCUCGCCAACAAUGGCAGCAUUGGUCUAGAUAGCAUGGAGCUUACCAACCAUGGUGACACUGGAGGUGAAGACGAGGACAUGGACGACGUCGACACCGAGAGGGAAAGAGAACAACGACAGGGACCUGUCGACGACUCCGAACAAAACCCCCCCAUCCCCGCACCCCUACAAAUCCCCCCCUCCCGCGCACGUCGCCAAUUCGCCCUCCGGCUUGCCCAGCGCAAGGCUGCGGCGGAAGCUGGGGCCGCGGCUGAAGAGGGCCAGGGAGAGAGAGAUGAUCGGCGGGGAGAUGGUGUGGGAGGAGAGAGAGAGGAAGAGGGAGAUGGGUUGGAGGGAGAUGGGGCGGCAAGGGAUCGGGAUAGCUCGGUUAUGCGGAUGAUGAUGGUUGCGCAGGAGGUGGAGGAGCGGGAGGGGCAGAGGAGGUUUUUGAGGUUGUGGGAGGGGUUGGAGGGGGAGGGGGAAGGGGAUGAGGAGGGGUGA